AUGACCGUCACAGAAUUCGGUGCCACCAAGGGCGCCGACGAGACUUUCACGCCCGGGUUCCGGAGCGCCACACGCUGGCUCAAGAUCGACCCUGCGGCAAAGGGCGCCAACGCCAUGACACGGGGCCGUGCGUGGCUGCUGCAACAAAUCGAAGAACCAGCGUCAGUGCUGCUGGCUGCCACAUGGGCAGACGUUGAACAACACACGACCUGCGCCGCGACGGACCCAGACCGAGACACACUGCUGCCGGCGAUCAGUAAGCACCUGUACCAGCCGGCGGGCAUCGACGGCCCGGCCAAGCCUCUGGUUUUAGUGCACACGGAGGCCGAUGUGUUUACGAAGACAAACACGCCGGAGGGAAAACGGGCAACGGGCAUUGCUACACAGCCCCGCAAGAAGGCGGAGUUUGAAAUGGCAUUCAACGCCUCCAAGGGCUACAUUGAAGCGUACACCGCGCCGAACACGGUGCGUGGUGCGUGGCGGGUGGAUAAGAAAAAGGACGCUGCAACGGGUGGGGACAAAGAGGAGUAUGUGCUGGUGGCUGGGUGGGAGAGCCGAGAGACGCGCUUUGCGAUUGCAGACACGGACAUUGUCCCCAAGUUGACGGCGUUUACGAGCCUGCUCGACGGCCGGGAGUCACGCCACGACCGACGGCUGUUGUAG